AUGACUCGAAGUUACGAAGAGGAGCUCGAGUUCCUCUCGAAAAAAAGUCCCAACUGUUGGACUAUCAAAAAAGGCUUUGUGCCCAACAUGAAAGUUGAAGGCGUUUUUUACGUUAAUGAAAUGCUAGAAAAGUUAAUGUUUGAAGAACUGCAGACAUCAUGCAAGCCAGGAGGAUUUGGCGGCUUCUUGCCCGGUGUAAAGCAAAUAGCAAAUGUGGCCGCUUUGCCGGGUAUUGUCGGCAAGUCUAUAGGCCUUCCUGAUAUUCACUCCGGCUACGGUUUCGCCAUUGGCAACAUGGCAGCUUUUGACAUGGCCGACCCUGAAGCGAUUGUCUCGCCGGGCGGAGUUGGCUUCGACAUCAACUGCGGUGUGCGUCUGCUGCGAACCAAUUUGUUUGAGAAGGACGUUCAACCUGUGAAGGAGCAAUUAGCACAGUCCCUGUUUGAUCAUAUUCCCGUUGGAGUCGGCUCAAAGGGCAUCAUUCCCAUGGCUGCAAAGGAUUUAGACGAAGCUCUUGAAAUGGGCGUCGACUGGUCACUUCGUGAGGGUUACGCCUGGGCCGAAGACAAAGAACAUUGCGAAGAGUACGGGCGGAUGCUGAACGCUGAUCCGAGCAAAGUCUCGAUGAAGGCAAAGAAGCGAGGUCUGCCGCAGCUUGGAACUUUGGGCGCGGGAAAUCACUACGCGGAAAUUCAAGUGGUUGACGAAAUCUUCGACAAGUACAGCGCCUCCAAGAUGGGCGUCGAAUCGGUGGGACAAGUCUGCGUAAUGAUUCACAGCGGCAGUAGGGGCUUUGGUCACCAAGUGGCCACCGAUGCGCUGCUGGAGAUGGAGAAAGCAAUGAAACGCGACAAGAUUGAAGUCAAUGAUCGCCAGUUGGCCUGUGCUCGAAUCAACUCCUCAGAGGGACAGAACUACCUGAAGGCAAUGGCGGCGGCGGCCAACUUUGCCUGGGUCAAUCGGAGCAGUAUGACAUUCUUGACGCGGCAGGCUUUUGCAAAGACGUUCGAUUCCACACCAGAUGAUCUCGAUAUGCACCUAAUCUACGACGUCUCCCACAACAUUGCCAAAGUUGAACAGCACAUGGUGGACGGACAACUAAAGACACUGCUCGUACAUCGAAAAGGCGCAACCAGAGCCUUUCCUCCUCAUCACCCGCUCAUUCCGGUGGACUAUCAGAUUACAGGGCAGCCAGUCUUAAUUGGUGGAACGAUGGGCACUUGCAGCUACGUGUUGACGGGCACUGAGAAGGGCAUGGAGGAGACUUUUGGAACGACCUGCCAUGGAGCUGGUCGAGCACUGUCCCGCGCCAAGUCCCGACGCAACCUCGAUUACCAAGAGGUUCUAAACGACUUGGCCGCUAAAGGCAUCUCAAUUCGUGUGGCAUCACCGAAGCUGGUAAUGGAAGAGGCUCCGGAAUCGUACAAAAACGUAACCGACGUUGUGGACACUUGUCACAUGGCCAACAUUAGCAAGAAGUGCAUCAAACUUCGACCAAUCGCUGUGAUCAAGGGCUAG